UUUUGGAGUGUCUCUGUGUAUUGGCUACUUUCUUCUCUCUAGAUUUUCUCUCUCUCUAUCCUCAACUCUAUAUGUGUAUGUGUGGAGCCCAAAGCUGGUCCUAUGCUUUGCUGGCUUCAAGCUCUCCAUUCUUGAUUUAUAAUAUAAUGGGGGUUUUCUCUUCAAAGAGUUUCACUUGGUCCAAUGGAAACAAAUAACUCAAAACACUAAUUGAUAACUCCUUUUCACUCUUUUUUUUUUAUUUCAUCACAAUCUUAAAUCUUCAAGAAAAGUGAGAAAAAAUACAAAAAGGGUUAUCAAAAUCAAACCCCACUUCAGUUUUUGCUUUGAUUUGAUGGAUCCACAGAUCUAAUACUCUUUCACUUUCAGAUCUUCCAUUUCCCAUAGUAAAGAUUUGUACUUGCUUUGAGGAGGAACCUAUGCAAAGUUUAGGUUUAUUUAGUGUGUCCUGUUAGAUGUGGAGAGUUUAGAUGGUGUAUUGGAGGAGAUGAGGUAUGUUAUCUGGAUUAAUGAACUACUUGAGGGCUUGUUUUCAGCCAAGGGCCAAUCGACACGUUCAUACAGGUUCUGAUGCCAGUGGACGUCAAGAUGGGCUACUAUGGUACAAGGAUACAGGGCAACAUUUUAAUGGAGACUUCUCAAUGGCUGUAGUUCAGGCUAAUAAUCUAUUAGAGGAUCAGAGCCAAGUUGAAUCAGGGUGUUUGGGAUUGAAUGAUUCAGGUCCUUAUGGUACCUUUGUUGGAAUUUAUGAUGGACAUGGUGGCCCUGAGACUUCAAGGUUCAUCAAUGAUAACCUCUUUCAGCAUCUCAAGAGGUGUACAUCUGACCAGCAAACUAUGUCUGUGGAGGUGAUCCGGAAGGCAUUUCAAGCCACAGAAGAGGGUUUCCUCUCUAUUGUCACAAGGCGAUGGCCAACACAACCUCAGAUUGCUGCUGUUGGAUCAUGCUGCCUUGUUGGAGUAAUCUGCAGUGGGACAUUAUAUGUUGCCAACCUUGGCGACUCUCGAGCAGUCUUGGGGAGGCUUGUCAAGGCAACUGGAGAGAUUAUUGCUAUACAGCUUUCUGCAGAACACAAUGCAAGUAUUGAAUCUGUAAGGCAGGAAAUGCAGUCUUUGCAUCCAGAUGACUCGCAAAUUGUAGUUUUAAAGCACAAUGUUUGGCGUGUGAAGGGUAUUAUACAAAUCACAAGAUCCAUUGGUGAUGUGUACUUAAAGAAAGCUGAAUUCAACAGGGAACCGUUGUACGCUAAGUUUCGGCUCCGUGAAUCAUUUCAAAGGCCCAUAUUGAGCGCAGAUCCAGCUAUUUUGGUGCACCCGGUACAACCUCAGGAUCAGUUUAUUAUAUUUGCCUCGGAUGGUCUCUGGGAGCACCUAAGUAACCAAGAUGCUGUUGACAUUGUACAAAAUCACCCACGCAAUGGGAUUGCGAAAAGGCUAGUAAAAACUGCAUUGCAAGAAGCAGCAAAGAAAAGGGAGAUGAGGUACUCAGACUUGAAGAAAAUUGAUCGUGGAGUACGUCGACAUUUCCAUGAUGACAUCUCCGUUGUGGUAAUAUUCCUCGACUCAGAUUUUGCGAGCAGGGCUAGCUCUGGGAAGGUACCAAACGUAUCUGUAAAAGGUGGCGGGAUAAGUCUGCCUCGAAACACACUUGCCCCAACCUAAUCGUGGUGCGUGUGACUCGAUGAAGCUCUCUUUCAAAUGAUGUUGUACUAUUUUCUUGUGAAUACCAGGUAGCUUCUGAAAAGAUAACAGCAGGCCUGCAAUUUUAAUUUUCUUUUAAAAAAUUAAUGUACACCUUAGUUUAACUUGAGACUAAUACAAAUUUAGUUCCUAUGCUCAAGGGACUUGAAAAAAAGAGAUCUACACCAUUAGGCUUCUUUUGCUUCCUCUCAAACCUUUUUUCAUUUGGAUUUUGUAAAUUAUGUGACCUUGCUGCUGUAAAUGUUUUUAUGCCUUUAUUAUUCUUUAAUCUCUA